ACGCAGGGCGCUCGCGGGGCAGUAGUCCGCUCGUCACUGGACUCAAGGGACCCGCGGGACCCUCAGGACUGCGCAGGACAUCACAGGACCCGGAACCUUCCGACCGGGGAAUGGCGGCCGCUCCGGGCGCCCGACUCCUGCGCGCCGCCUGCGCCUCCGUCGCUUUCCGUGGCCUGGACCGCGGCUGGCUGCUGGCCUGUGGGGUCCGCGCGGGAACUGCCGUCCCCCGGUGGACCCCGAGCCCCGGCUUGCACGCAGAGGCCGGGCGGGGACGGCCGCUGAGCUUGUCUGCGCGCGCGUGGAGCAGCUCAGAAGAUAAGAUAACAGUCCACUUCAAGAACCGUGAUGGUGAAACACUAACAGCCACGGGGAAAGUCGGUGACUCUCUGCUAGAUGUUGUGGUUGAAAAUAAUCUAGACAUUGAUGGUUUUGGUGCUUGCGAGGGGACUUUGGCUUGCUCCACCUGCCACCUUAUCUUCGAGGAUCAUAUAUAUGAGAAGUUAGAUGCCAUCACCGAUGAGGAGAACGACAUGCUUGACCUGGCUUACGGACUCACAGACAGGUCACGGUUGGGCUGUCAAGUCUGUCUGACCAAGGCUAUGGACAAUAUGACCGUUUGUGUGCCUGAGGCGGUGGCGGAUGUCAGACAAUCUAUUGACAUGAGCAAGAAUUCCUAAGAUACAUUAAAAAGAAAUAUUUUCAUGAAAUUUUUACCUAUUUUUAUAAUUAUUUCCCAGUAUAAUUAAAUGAUUACACAACAGAAUAUAUUUCUCCGUGUGAGUAGCUGUGUUGUCUUAAUUCAGUUCGUAGUACUGAAAGUCUGCAGUUUUCGUUUGAUUAGAUUAUUAGAAUGUCAGUUUAAUUUUAGAAGCUAGCUGAUAUAAUAAACUCCUUACACAUUUUACCAUGAGUGUGUUCAAGUGAUUUUAGUAAAACAUUACUGUGUAAUCGUAUGUCUGCUUUUUUAAGUUGUAAGUUUAAAAAGAGUGUCGUUGGGGAUAGUUAGAUCAGCAGUUCAGAGCACUGACUCUUCUUCCAGAGGACCCACUUCAAAUCCUAGCACCCAAUGGCUGCUCAUACUGGUUUGGAACUCCACUUUUAGCCUCCACAGACACUGCAUGCAUUUGAUGUAUAGGUAUAUGAGCAAGGUAUCCCUCCAAAGAGAAUAGGUUCCAAAAAGCCAGUACAAGCAAUAGGGAUAAAUACUUGUCUCACUGCCAGUGGCUUCACAGUCUGCCCCAGCUCUACAACUGUCACCUGUAGAGAGCUGUGUGGAGCCACGCCUAAAAGAUGGCGCUGGCUUCCGCCCUCCGCGAUCCCACGCUCUCUGGCUCUCUGAUAAACAAUUCCUUAUUUGGCUAAGACUGGACUCUUGCGAUCAUCACCCAAUGAUCUCAAGCGGUUUGUGUAUGCGUGGACCAAUGGACGGUGCCCACGUGGCUAUCCAGGGUUGGUAGCCCAGGCCUACUUAAGGGCUGGGAGAGGCUUGCCUGGGGAGAGAAGAGAGAGAGACACAAUUGUAAAAAAGGUCCUGAAUAAAACUGCUUGCAAGAAGAGCUCCCGUGUUGCAUCAUCCUUGCUGGUCGAGGCGGUCGCGACCGUCACCCACAUUCAGAGGAAACACUUUCAGACAGUAAAACCUAUAAUAAGUAUUCAAAAUUCUGAUUCAGUAAGAAGUAUCUGAACAUAGAUAUAAUAACCCUGACAGAGAAGUGUGGUGUCUGCUGACUAAACUAGGGGAUAAAUGGAAUUGGAUAUCUUAUUCUCUGUUCCAAGAGGAGUACUCUAUCUUUGUAAUCUUUUGCAAAUAAUGUGCAAAUUGUUUCCAUUCCACAGAAUGGGAUUUAAUGAAUUACUUCUGUGUCUCCUCAGUCUUGCCAUAUGAUCAGGGGACCAUGUUGCAUGGCCCAGGGGAUACUGUUCUGUCUCUCCUUGUGCACAAUCUGUCAACAGUGUGCAACAGUCCUAGAAACUAAUGUGUAUUUUCAGCGCACUGAUAGGCAGUUGUGUAUGAAAGAUGUUUGCCUCCUUAUAUAAACCAAAAAUAAAUUCUUCAGUGUUCACAAA